CAGACGAAUUGGCAGGCUAUGCCGCGUACUCACUGGAACGGAUAUUGCGCGCGCUACAGACUUUCAAUUCUUUCCCGGACCCACCUCAGCCUUUUCUGUGCAUUAUAAAUGUGCAACAUAACAAACCUAGGCCUAUUGUUUAAUGCUUUAGUUGGGAUUAGAGAGGUUUUAGUGAGUUAAAAUAAACAGUUAUGGCAAAUUGGUCAUUUUUACUUUUCUACCUCCUCCAAGGACUGGUUCAUGUCGUUACCGGCCAGCAGCCGCACGGCGAGCGUGUGGGGCAUUGGCGGCAACGGAUUCAAUGGGAGAACAACGGUCAAGUAUACAGUCUAAUGAGCACCGGGUCAGAGUAUCACCCACCGGCGCGCCCACGGAGUCAAUCCAGGGUUUACGUGAGCACCAGGAGGGAUGGCACCGGCCAUACGCAGCCUGGAACGCGGGGAGGCAGAGUGGCUCGCAGAAGAUCUGGACCAGUGGUGUCGAACUUGGGCGCGGGACAUGUAUGGGACCAAACCAACAACGUUUUAGAUCAUGGCCCUGUAGCUCUGGGAUCUCACAGUCGGCAGUAUAUAGCGCCCAAUACUCGGCGGUCAGGCGCCAGGCAGCAACCUGAGGUCCCGUACCAAGCGGGAGUAGCGGGGUCCCCUGGCGCACGGCGCUAUUCUCCUGAGUACACACAGCGAGUCAACGCCUCCGCCCCAGGUCUGCUCCCCGAGUUCUCCGGUAGCGGGGUACCGAGGAGAGGAGCUCCAGUCAUUCAGGAUUCUACCCGGGAUGUUCGCUCGGGAAUUGCAGCCUCUCCAAUCCGGGCAGGCGAGGUCGUGCCGGUGCCGGGUGGAGACUAUCUACCAAUGCGUGCUGAGCCGGGAGCAUCCGUCUUUAUGCAAUCGGCAGCAAUGGAACCUUCUAACUCCGGUCAUGUCGUUCCUGACGGUAGGGAUGUUACUCCAGUAACAGGAGCAGCUAACGCUGCCGAGACGUCGAGCGAGACGUGGAGUAACAUGGAGCACAUGGCCUCGGACGACCCUAGGAACCGUUUUAAAAACCACCGGAAUUCCGUUUUCUACAACAUGCACCCCACCAGAGGCAGAACGCAGAUAGUGCGCCCGCGGCGUCCCCCAGUACCACCCCCCGGCACUGGAUAUGGAACCAGAUAUUUUCAGAAUGGGCUCCCAGACCUCAUUCCAGACCCAUAUGCCAUCCAGGCAGGUGCCUACAUCCAACGAAUGCAGAUGUACUCGCUAAGGUGCGCAGCGGAGGAGAACUGUUUGGCGAGGUCAGCCAGCACAGCCAGGGACAUAGACUACAGAGUACUGCUCCGCUUCCCCCAGAAGGUGAAGAACCAAGGCACGACUGACUUCCUUCCGUUCAAACCAAGACACCAGUGGGAAUGGCACAGCUGUCACCAGCACUACCACAGCAUGGAUGCCUUCAGUAACUACGAUCUGCUGGAUGUCACCACGGGACGCAGGGUGGCAGAGGGCCACAAGGCCAGUUUCUGCCUGGAGGACACGGGGUGUGACGCCGGAUUCAGACGCCGCUACGCGUGUACAGCACAUACCCAGGGACUGAGUCCAGGUUGUCAUGACACCUAUGCUGCCAACAUUGACUGCCAGUGGAUUGACAUCAGCGACGUUCCUCCUGGAAACUACGUCCUGAGGGUCAUAGUCAACCCCAACUAUCAUGUCCAAGAGUCGGACUAUUCCAACAACGGGGUGAGGUGUGAUGUCACGUACACAGGGAUGCAGGUUCAAACCCGGAACUGUCGGAUAACCAGGGGUUAAAUCAUUCAAUGAAAUGUGUUUUCUAUUGUCUCUUGAAGUACUGUAAACAACAACAGUCUCAACCAGCUGUUGUAGUAGUAGGUGUUGUAGAUGUGUUUGUAUUUUUAUAUUCAGUUGUAAAAGUGUUUUUAUAAAAAAAAAGCUGUUUACCUAAUUUACUUGUACCGAUAUAACAAAUGUUUUGAGGAAAAGGAAUAUUUUUGUAUUAUAUAGCAUGAGCCUGAAAAUGGAAUGGAAAUGUGGGCUUUCAUGUGCUUGAAUUAUAAUUCAUGUUUGAAUAAUAUAAUUUGUCUGCUUUUAAUAUUUGAUCUGUAGUUGUAUAAUCAGAGGCAGCAACCACUUAGUCGCCAUAUUUAAUAAGUUGCAAACACCUGGUCUGUACAUGCUAAAUGUAAAUUCAUUGAUAUAUUUCCAUUUAUUUUGUAUGUAUGUGCGAGCAAAUGGAGACAUUUUGUUUUUUAAAAUUGUAAUGUAAAAUGGUUUAGAUGUUGCUUAAACCUGUCAAAAGUUCAGUUUGUUUUUGUUUUUCUCAAUGUUGUUUUAGACA